AAAGAGCCGGUGCAAAACACAACAACAAGCCCGAUAGGUGUGUUUGUGUGUGCCAGAUUUUUACGAUUUUAGCUACUCCUGGGCAUUGACAUGCACUCUCUUGGAAUUCUCUUCGUUUCGGAAACGACAGGUUUCAAGGUAAUAGGCUUGUUCACGAUAUUAUCAUGCAAGCAUUAUCGUCGUGGUUGAAUCGAAAGAGGAACCCGGCCAUGCAUCUACGAGCCCAUCAAUGCCAGAUAUGAAUAGAGUACUGAAUUUCGCUCUCAUCUGCAUGAUGGCCGCCAUGUUUCAGCAGUACUUGACCAUCAAAGGGAAACUCGACGAUUCUAAGCGGCUGCGCGACAGCAGCAGCGAGCGGGAGUCGCACAAGACGCUCUUAGAGAGCGUCCAGAUGCAGGGCUCGUCCGUGUGGUGUAGGUGGCAGCACGAUCAAGCGGUCAGACUCUGCUGGGUGCACAAUCUGUGUUACCUGCCGCAGCAGAACGAGUUUGUCGUCUUCCGCGGCAACAAGAGUCGCUACCACGGCGUCCCCGACGAUCGGUUCUCGCCCGCUCUCCAGGACUUCUCCUCGGUGAGAAACCACGGCGCGAACCACUUCAAUUUCGCUGAGUACCCGCUCGAGGCGGCGAGGAACUUCAACGUGCAGGUCGUGCCCGGCGUCACGCUCGCGUUCAACCGCUUCAAGCCGGACAACCUGAUGCACGCGAUCCACGACGACCUGCUCCCCAUGUACGAGACGCUGCUCGUCGACAUGCAGGUCCCCGACGUCGGCGCCCACGACGUGAGGCUCGCCUUUAUGGAGGGCUGGGAUCCCGGCGAGUAUCGGCAGCUCUACGAGAUCUUCUCGCCGCACAGACCCGUCUACAGGAAUGAGCUCGACUGGAACGCGAUGGUCUGCUUCGAGAAGGUGCACGCGGGGCUGUCGCGGGCGACCACCUUCUACCAGUACGGCUUCACCGAGCCGCAGGGACCCAUUGAGGGAUCGACAGCCGACGGCUGCGUCGUGAGGCGAUUCGCCGAGUUCGUGCGGAUGCGGCUGGGGAUUGAGUUGACGGCAGCCGCGCCGGACGGCGAAUACGUGGUGCUCAUCUCGCGGCGCGCGAACCGUCAGAUACUGAAUGAGGCCGAGGUGGCGCUGGCGGCGGCGCGGACGCUGGGCGCACGCGCGAUCACGGUCUCGCCGGAGACGCACGACGUGCCGGUGAUGAUCGCGCUCGUGUCGCGCGCCGCCGUCGUCGUCGGCGUUCACGGCGCGCUGCUCGCGCUCGCCGCGUUCAUGCGGCCCGCCGCCGCGCUCGUCGAGCUGUUUCCUUACGCGGUCGAUCCGGCGCACUAUGCGCCGUACCGCACGCUCGCGGGGCUGCCGCGCAUGCGUGUCGCCUACCGCGCGUGGCGCGUCGCGUCGUCGCACGACGCCCGCGCGCACCCGGACGCGGCCCCCGAGCGCGGCGGCAUACGCCACCUGCCGGCGGACGAGCAGCGGCGGAUACUCGCGAGCGAGAGCGUGCCGCGGCACCUGUGCUGCUCCGACCCGGAGUGGCUGUACCGCAUCUACCAGGACACGCACGUCGACAUCCCGUCGUUCGUGGCGACGCUCGAGGAGGCGGUCGCGGAGCGGCGGAGGAUGCUGGAGAGCGGCGGAGACGGGGAGGAGGGAGGAUGCGACGAGGGGGGCGUCGUGUUGUCGCCGGGACCGGUGCGCGACAUCGAGUGCGAUGCGUCGACGGACGACGCACGGCGGAAACUGGUCGGGAUCACGUGGCGAGCGCCGAACAAUCUUGCUUACUUCAACGUGUCCGUGGCUCAGUACGAGGUGCUCGUGCGCGAACGGGGAAAGGAAGACGUCAACGCGUUCCUCCUGGGCACGGAAAACUUCACGUUCGCGACGGACGAGACGGCGGCGCGUCAAGUCUAUUACGUUUGGGUGAAGUGCAUAGUCGACAAAAGCGUCGCGGGCCCAUUCAAUGACAGGGCGCAUGAGUGUGAAGUGUAGCUGUGGAUCCCAACGGUUGAGUGUUGGCUUAGAAUUAGGUCACAUCAUUAUUAUCGCGUAAUACACCGCACAGCCAAUUGAGUAUUCUCCCCCUGAUUGCUUACCUUAUGCAAAUAAUGCAUUGAAGCACAUCAAAGGGUUUUACAGCAAUAUCUAGGUCCUUUUGUGUUUAAGGGUUGAGAAUACUCUAAGAAAACAUUUCACUUCAUCAUUCUAAAACUAGGUUGAUUGAUUGAAGAUAUUGCCUGACAGCUAGUUUACCAGUGCUUUAAAAAAUUAGAAAUUUUUUAUUGUGCAAUAAAUAUGUUAUCCGUCUUUGAUCAGCUUCAUGAUUUUCUCAUAAUGGGUUUUGUGAUAUUUCAGUGCGUAUUGGAGUCAGCAUUGAGGAUUUUGUGAUACUUCAUAUUUCAUGUCAUUCAAACAUGUAACACUCGUGACUGGUCAAUUAAAGAUCAUUAUCGUUUCAGCCCCC